UGUGUUCCUAAUGGAGUUACUCAUGUCACUCAAGGCUCAUGGCCAUUCAGGAGCUCCAGGCGAACCUGCCAGUCAGAAGAGGAGGCGGGUUCUUCCGGGUUUGGAGAGGUGGUUCCACCUGGCAGCUGAGCAAGUUUCAGUGGUUCACUGUGUGGUUUUCGGAGUGCUGCUGCUGGAUGCUGUCAGACUCGUUCAAGCAAGCCCGAAGUUGCAAGAUGAAUGCAGUGACAUAUGAUGAUGUACUGGUGAAGUUUACACGGGAAGAAUGGGCUUUGUUGGAUGCUUCGCAGAAGAGUCUCUACAAAGAUGUGAUGCUGGACACCUAUAGGAACCUCACUGCAAUAGGUUAUAACUGGGAAGAUCACAAUGAUAUUGAAGAAUAUUGUGAAGAUUCUGUAAGACAGAAAAGGCAUCUUCAAAGGGAUAAACCAAUUCAUACUAGAGAGAAACUUUAUGAAUGUAUGCAAUAUGACGGAGCCUUUGCAAGAAACAAUUACCUUCCAUUACAUAAAAGGAUAUAUACUGUAUCCAUUGUGUAUUAUACUAGCCUUCAAAUAUAUAGAAGAACACACACUGCAGAAAAACUCUGUGAUUGUAACCAAAGAGGUAAAGUCUAUUAUUGUCAAAGUCAUCUUCAAAGGGAUAAAUGGAAAGAUACUGGAGAGAAACCCUAUGAAUGUAACCAUUGUGGCAAAGCAUUUGCACAACACAGUCAUCUUCAAAUACAUAAAAGAACACAUUCUGGAGAGAAACCCUAUGAAUGUAACCAGUGUGUCAAACCCUUUGCACACAAAAGCGAUCUUCAAAGGCAUAAAAGAACACAUACUGGAGAGAAACCCUAUGAAUGUACCCAGUGUGGCAAAGCCUUUGCACGUCAUAGCCAUCUUAAAAUUCAUAAAAGAACACAUUCUGGAGAGAAACCCUAUGAAUGUAACCAAUGUGGCAAAGCCUUUGCACAACAAGGCGAUCUUCAGAAGCAUAAAAGAACACAUUCUGGAGAGAAACCAUUUGAGUGUAAGCAAUGUGGCAAAGCCUUUGCACAAAACAGCCAUCUUCGAAGUCAUGAGAGAAUACAUACCGGAGAGAAACCCUAUGAAUGUAACCAGUGUGGCAAAUCCUUUGCAGAACACUACCUUCUUCACAGACAUACAAGAGCACAUACCGGAGAGAGGCGCUAUGAAUGUAACCAAUGUAGCAAAGCAUUUUUAUCACAACGCAGUCUUCAAGUGCAUAAAAGAACACAUAUACAAGAGAGACCCUAUGAAUGUACCCAGUGUGGCAAAGCCUUUGCACAAAAGAGCUAUCUCCAAAGGCAUAUAAGAACACAUUCUAGAGAGAAACCCUAUGAAUGUAACCAAUGCACCAAAGCCUUUGCACAACAAGGCGAUCUUCAAAAGCAUAAAAGGAUACAUACUGGAGAGAAACCAUAUGGUUGUACCCUGUGUGGCAAAGCCUUUGCACGCUAUGGCAGUCUUCACAUGCAUAAAAGGACACAUUCUGGAGAGAAACCUUAUGAAUGUAAUCAAUGUGGCAAAGCCUUUGCACUACACAGCUAUCUUCAAAGGCAUAAAACAACACAUACUGGAGAGAAACCCUUUGAAUGUAACCAAUGUGGCAAAGCCUUUGCACGACACACCCAGCUUCAAAGUCAUAAAAGAACACAUACUGGAGAGAAACCCUAUGAAUGUAACCAAUGUGGCAAAGCAUUUGCACGACACACCCAGCUUCAAAGUCAUAAAAGAACACAUACCGGAGAGAAACCCUAUGAAUGUAACCAAUGUGGCAAAGCAUUUGCACAACACACCCAUCUUCAAAGGCAUAAAAUAACACAUACUGGAGAGAAACCCUAUGAAUGUAACCAAUGUGGCAAAGCAUUUUCACAACGAGGCAAUCUUCAAGUGCAUAUAAGAAGACAUACUGGAGAGAAACCCUAUGAAUGUAACCAAUGUAGCAAAGCAUUUCCAUCACAAGGCAAUCUUCAACUGCAUAAAAUAAGACAUAUGGGAGAGAGACCCUAAAAGUGUUACCAAUGUGGCAAAGCCUUAGCAUUCUAUGGCAGUCUUCAAAUUCAUAAAAGAACACCUACUGGAGAGAAACCCUAUGGAUGCAACCAAUGUGGCAAAGCCUUUGCACACUAUGGCAGUGUUCAAAUGCAUAAAUGAACACAUACUGGAGAGAAAGCCUGUUAAUGUAUCCAGUGUGGCAAAUCUAUUGCAGAACAUGGCCUACUUCAGAGGCAUAAAAGAUCACAAUCUGGAGAGAAACCCUAUGACUGUAAACAAUGGGGCAAAGGAUUUUCAGGACAAGGCAAACUUCACGUGCAAAAUCUGUACUAGGCUGGCUCUUCUUUUAAUUUUAACAAGUGUAUCUGGCCAUUGCUCCUUUGUGUUUUGUUUGUUUGUUUUUUGUUCUUGUUUUUUUUCUUUUUCCAUCCUUUAUCCUCAUCUCCUACCCGUAGAUUCAUUGCCUACAACAAGAUAGGAUAGAAACCACGAUAGAGGAGAAGGACAUCCUGAAAGCCAAUUUCUUGCUUUGACCACAGCUACUAACAAACCACAAAGAAAGUUCGUCCAUACAGGACCAUCAAGUCCCAACCUGACCUCUCAGAGCCUGUGUAUAUAAGUACCAUCUGAAAAGUUCUCCAAAUUCAAAACAUCACAGAAUUGCAGUAAUUAUCAGUGGCUAGCAAAACCAUGCUUCUGGUAGAGUACGUGGCAAAUCAUGGUGAGCCACUGAGGACACUCAAAAAGCAGACCUGCAUCCCCACAACUGGUAUAAAAUGAAAGCACAUCCUUACCAUAUUCCGCUGACUUUUAAAGAUGCCAAAAAUUUAUAUUAAUUUUAGAAAAGUUGCAUCAUCAGUCUUUUUGAAAAAUGUUUUUGAAAGAAGGAAUUUUGUCACCUUGAUCCCAGUCUCUUGCAUCCUAAGGCAAUAACCUUGCUUCCCAUGUCAUUGCACUUCCUACAUCUGGAGUUGAAAGGCUGUAUCACAAGGAAGUUUCAAAAUUAUUCAUUUCAGCCAUGUAAUGAUCUGCCUGUUGUUGAAAUCAGAAACAAAUAUACUUGUUGUUCAUGGCUUCUGCCUUCAGGCUAGAACAGGAAGAAGAGUUUCCUGUGUGCACUGGAAGUUGAAAGAAUGCAGACCAUAGGUACCUCACAGAUUAAGUUUAAGGGAGUCACCAGCAGAGGUCUCCAUCCUGAAGAAGGUCACAAUGUGUCAAAAAGAGUGAUUUUAUGAUCGCCAGCAUUUAUUUACUCAUGCAUUGAUAGGUAUACACCUUGGGGAGAAUAUGCUGAGCCCAACUUUGUUAAUCUAGUUGAAUCAGUUAAGAAAUUUGAAUCAGUGGUUAUUGGCUAUAACUAUGUGUUUCAGGCUACAGAAUUCAGCAGCUAAUAUUGCACAUAGUGACAAAAUCAUACAUGAUCUUAUUGAUGCCAUUUUCCCUACCAGGGAAUGUUCUGCUCUUUUUAAAAGUCACAAUGGCUAUGCAUUGUUUCAACUAUAUCUAUCAUUCUCACAAGUCAAGGGUGGUAACCUCCCCCACACCUUUUUUUCCCAUUUUUUAGUGCAUCACUGCUCUGAUCACCUGUUUUGUCUAUUCUCCAAUUACUCUAGAGAGUUAAGAAUUUUAUUUUUCUUAAGUGGUAUUGUUAUUUGAUUGUCUUUAGAAGAAUUUCUUUUGUAACUUAGACUUGCCAUUUACUGUAUAAUUUCUUUGUAUACCUAAUCCUGCCUCUGGUAGCCAUUGCCUGAAGAGAGUCAUGCAGACCCUUCUAGCUGAGACAAUUGAAUGACUGUCCUCAAUUGAAUGAAUGUCCUCCUUUGUCUUAGACUUUCUCAGGGAAAAUAUAUAUGCAGAGGAACUUCAGAAAGUAUGAGUCCACUUAUUAACUUUGAAGCUGGUAUAAUCAAAGCAAAGAAAAGGAGUGGGAUGAAAGAGAGAGGUUUCUUACUUUGAUAAUAGUUUCUAAGGAAAUUAACUUAUAAAAACUUAUUAUCUGUAAUUUCAUGAUUUACUAGCUAGUUUGUAUGUCAGGUUGGGCACAAACUGGAGUUAUCACACAGAAAGGACCCUCCCUAGUGGAAAUGGCUCUGAGAUCCAGCUGUAAGUCAUUUUCUCCAUUAGUGGUCAAGGGUGGGAUGGCACAUUUUGGGUGGUGCCAUCCCUGGGCUGGUAGUCCUGGGUUCUAUCAGAACACAAGCUGAUCAUGGUAAGGGAAGCAAUCAAGUAAGCAACAUUCCUUCAUGGUUCCUGCAUUAGCUCCUGCAUCCAGGUUGCUACUCUGAGUGAGUUCUAGUCCUGAAUUCCUUUGCUGAUGAACAGCAAUGUUUAAGUGUAAGGUGAAGAAAUCCUUUCCUUCCCAUCUUGCUUUUUGGUCAGGAUGUUUUUUUGAAAGAAUACAAACCCUGACAAGACUCCUGAGUUCAACCAACACAGAAGAUCUUGACAAUUGUUGUGGCGAUGCUUAAUAGUACUAUUCCAAUGUUAAGAUCCACAUCCAGAGAUGAAAGGUGUGAGUCAUACUUAGCUUGCUUUAGAACAUAUGUCUGAAACAUGGGUAUAUUUUCAACCAUAAAGCCUAGUUAAUCUUUUUAAAAUAAUUUUUGAGAUAAUAAUUAAAUCAUUUAAACUUUUACUUUCUCCCUAUUGUUAAAUCUCAAACAUUGGCACAAAUGGUUGAGGUCUGUAUUUAAUAAAUCAGAGAUGGCCACACUGUCAAGUUCUCCCAGAAUCCCUUGGCCUCUACCUGUUACAAUUGAUAAUUAUGAGAUAAAGGUUUUAUUUAUGAGUUUUGGUCUUAUUCCCAACAUUGAAUCCCUUAUCUUGUUAGAAAAGACAGUUGUGCCUCUGGAAGCUGACAUAAAUUCAAAACCAAUUAUAUGAUCAGUUUUAGAGAAGGUACCAUGAGGUGCUGAGAAGAAGGUAUAUUCUUUUGAUUUAGGAUGAAAUGUAAUAUUGAUAUCUAUUAAAUCCAUUUGGUCCAAAACUUCUCUUGGUUUUACUGUGUCUCUGUUUAGUUUGUGUUUCCCUGAUUUUUCCAUUUUUGACAGCAGAGUGUGGAAGUCACUCACAAUUAUUGUUUGAGGUGCAAUGUGUACUUUGAACUUUAGUAAAGUUUCUUUUACAAAUGU